UUGAUGGAUGGGGACAAGAUUGGGAAGGAGGCUUUCACUAUAUGACUUUUUAUAAUUAAAAAAAAAAAUUGGAACCAUGUGAAUGUAUUAGUUAUUCAGAAAAUAAAUAAAUAAUUAAAAUGUAAUUUGAUGUGUCCGUGUUAAUUUAUGAUUUUCCAUGUAUGUUUUUAGAAAAGCAUUUUCUUUUUUUUUUAUUUAGGAGGAAACAUUUUUAACCCAAAAUACUGUGCUUCACAAUAUCUUAACUAUGCUUUUCUUCUCUCUUUGUUUUUGUCCAGGACCUAAGAAGAGACACUUUCUUGAUUUCAUCUUACAAUGGAAUUAAAAAAGUCACCUGAUGGAGGAUGGGGCUGGGUGAUUGUGUUUGUCUCCUUCUUCACUCAGUUUUUGUGUUACGGAUCCCCAUUAGCUGUUGGAGUCUUGUACAUAGAAUGGUUGGAUGCUUUUGGUGAAGGGAAAGGAAAAACAGCUUGGGUCGGAUCCCUUGCAAGUGGAGUUGGCUUGCUUGCAAGUCCUGUCUGCAGCCUCUGUGUCUCGUCUUUUGGAGCAAGACUCGUUACAAUCUUCAGUGGCUUCCUGGUGGCUGGAGGUUUGAUGUUGAGCAGUUUUGCCCCGAAUAUCUACUUUCUGUUUUUUUCCUAUGGGAUUGUUGUAGGUCUUGGCUGUGGUUUAUUAUACACUGCAACAGUGACCAUUACCUGUCAGUAUUUUGACAGCCGUCGAGGCCUUGCACUUGGCCUGAUUUCAACAGGUUCAAGUGUUGGACUUUUUAUAUAUGCUGCUCUGCAAAGGUUACUGAUUGAAAUCUAUGGACUGGAUGGAUGCUUGCUGAUUGUGGGUGCUUUGGCUUUAAAUAUAUUAGCCUGUGGCAGCCUGAUGAGACCCCUCCAGUCCUCUGAUUGUCCUUUGCCUGACAAAACAGCUGUAGAAAAUAUUCCAGAGAGAUAUUUCAUUUACAAUGAAAAAGAAAAGAGCCUGGAAGAAAACAUAUGCAUUUUUGAAAAGAGUUACAGUAAUGUGGAAAAAUGCAAGAGCACUUUAGCCAAUGGAGACUGGAAACAGGAGGACCCACUUCAUAAAAACUCAACAACAAUGGCACACACAAAAGAGACUGAAACGUACAAAAAGAAAGUUGUAGAACAGACCUAUCUCUGCAAACAGCUUGCCAAGAAGAAUUGGCAAUUAUAUAGGAGCUACUGCGGAGAAACCUUGGCUCUUUUUAAAAACAAAGUCUUUUCAGCACUUUUUAUCGCCAUCUUACUUUUUGACAUUGGAGGGUUUCCACCUUCAUUACUUAUGGAAGACGUAGCAAGAAGUUCAAAUGUGAAAGAAGAAGAUUUUAUUAUGCCUCUUGUUUCCAUUAUAGGCAUUAUGACAGCAGUUGGUAAACUCCUUUUAGGAAUAUUGGCUGACUUCAAGUGGAUUAAUACUUUAUAUCUUUAUGUAGCCACCUUAAUAAUCAUGGGCCUGGCCUUGUGUGCAAUUCCAUUUGCCAAAAGUUAUGCCACGUUGGCAAUACUUUCUGGGAUCCUAGGGUUUCUUACUGGUAAUUGGUCCAUUUUUCCAUAUGUGACCACCAAGACUGUGGGAAUUGAAAAAUUAGCCCAUGCCUAUGGAAUAUUAAUGUUCUUUGCUGGACUUGGAAAUAGCCUUGGACCACCAAUUGUUGGGUGGUUUUAUGACUGGACCCAGACCUAUGACACUGCAUUUUAUUUUAGUGGCCUCUGCGUCCUGCUGGGAGGCUUCAUCCUGCUGCUGGCAGCCUUGCCUCCCUGGGAUACAUGCCACAAGCAACUCCCCAAGCCAGCUCCAACAACUUAUUUGUACAAAGUUGCCUCUAAUGUUUAGAGGAAUAUUGAAACGCACCCUAUUUGCCAUUUUAUGUCAUAGAGCAAAAAUAUUUUAACAACGUCUUAGGCCAAUUCUCAAGAGUCAAGACUUUUCUCAGAGCAAUAUUUCACUGUGGCUGACUCUGAAUGAAUUUUUAUUUUUUACAUUCUUCUGUUCUCCAUGUACUGUAUAUGUAACCUCUAUCUCCUGUAUUUCUUUCUUUUUCCAAGAAGUGGGACUAUUUUGUUAUAUUGUUAUCACUAGUUAUUGAAAUUGUAAAAAAUUUUGGCCACCCUCAGAAGGCCUCCUCUGUGUAAAGAAGCAUAGUUUCCCUACAGACUCCAUCAAUUCCACUGCCAGGCACCCAGAAGGGAUGCUUCUAUUUUAAAACAAAUGCAAUCAGCGUGAUGAGAUAUGUGUGACAGACACUAGGGACUAAACCACUCUCUCCUCUAUGGUAGACUAACUAGUAAAUAGAAGACUUCAAGCCAACCAGGAAAUGAUAGUGGUUACCAGGACAGCCUUAUGAAUCACAGUGGAGCAAACGGAUCAUUUAAAAAAAAAAUUUUUUUUUUUUUUUAAUUGCAGCCACCAGUUUUCAUUAUUUUUAUUCACCUUGAUGAAGCAUCCACACGUUGUUUGGUGCGCACUGAACAUAAACUGUUUCAAUUCCUUUUGCUGAGAUGCAGGCCAGCUCCAAACAGAGUCAUCAUCAUUGGAGUCUUCCUUCUUGGCUGGCCACUAUAACGCCGCGCAUUUUUGUGCGUUAGCAUCCACUCAUCUAACGUUUCCCAGGAAGCGCUGACUUGACCUGUUUCAACCAUUCCGUUCCUGCAAAUGGGAAGCAUCCAUUUGCUUUGGGCCCAGUGGGGAUGGAUUGCAAGUCUUUACAUUAUCUUCCCGAUGAAGCACUUAUGUAUUACUGACAGAUUUUACCACUCUCAAAUUUUAAUUCAUGGGAAGAACUAAAAAGUGUAUGUGUGUGUAUGUGUGUAUAUGUUGUGCUUGGAGUCUUUGUGGGAUGUGGGAAGGGAAGAAGUCAAUUAGAAAUUGAUAACCUAGUCCAACUUCUUUUAAUCUUUCGAACAAUGUUCUAAGAAGCAGAUCAAAGUUUAAUACAUUGUUAUUUUUCUAAAAAGAAAUGUUUUUUCAACUUUGGUAUGAAUCAGAAUCCCUUGUGAGUCCUUUUAAAAAUAUAGGUGACUGGGUCCCACCUGGAGAGAUUUUAAUUCUGUGGUUUAGGCUGUGGCCCAAGGGUCUAUAUUUUUAACAAGUUCUUCAAGUGAUUGUAAGAACACAGCCUGGGCAGAGAGCAGCUGCUAGAAGAUUGGCAAUAUUCUCUUAAACAAUAAUAAAUAAGUGAAGACACUAUUGAGUAAGAGGUUUUAUAAAUAGUCAAGUAUGGUUCGUUAAAUGAGAGGCCCCCUUUCCACUGUGCUAAAAUUGUUUUUAUCAUUUCUUUUGAAAUAUGUAAGACUAUUUUAUACUUCUAUGUUGCCUUUCUUCAAAGGCACCUAAAGCACUUUACAAACCUGCACCCUCACAACACCUCUGCGAUGUAGGUAGAUAGCACUUUUCUAUACAGUAAAUCUGUGGUAUGGAGAAUUUCAUAACCUAUUUAUGCCUACUCAGUAACACUAGAAGGGGGCCGCGAGGUGCCUUGGGACUUCUGCUCCCUACUCAGUCUUCUGGAAUAUUUUCUGUACCUCAUUCUUUAGUCUCUAUCAAAGAAAGUACAUAAAAUAAGUGACAUUAAAAAAACAUGUUUUUGUGUUGAAGUUUCUUUUUUGCCAGUAUUUUGUGCGGGAAAUCCAGUAACCUGGAAAAACUUAACCUCUAUGGCAUCUACACAUUCAUCAAUGUUGAUAAUUGUCCAACUGUAUCUUAACUCUGUCUCCUAAUUUCAUCCAAUGUGUGCAUUAUUCGUUGUCUAGAGAAUGAAUUGUAAGUUACA